CGGCUGGUGCAGCCGCACAGGUGCAGCAGCAGCGAUGCCGUCGUUUCCACGGUAACCGUGUUCUCGUCGCCGUUUCCCGCCCGGAAUCAUUCCACUCACCACGGUCGCACGGCCGUGUGUAUAUCAUAUACCGCGUUAACUCCGGCGCCCGGCACGGCCCGAACAGGCUCUAACGAUCUACCGACAGCCGACCCGCGGCGACGACAUUCUCUCGCGUUCGGCGCUCGCACGGCUUCUCUCCGGAGACGGUUCAGUGUCGUGUCUGCGAUGUGUGCGGACGGGUCGUCGUCCGCUGUCGAUCGCGCGGCUUUGUGCAUCGAUUGUGUUCGUUUUAUCUCGCGCGGCACGGAUCGUCGUCAACAGUAAAACCGCGUAUAAAUCGAUACCGGCGAUUCGUUACGAUAAUAUUAUAAUCGUACCGUUGCGAUACGCGCGACGUACAACAAUAUUGUUUUCCUCCGUCGAGGGCCGUCUUCGAACUGGCUGGUACUUGCAUAAUUAUAUAAUACACAUAGAAAAUAAAACGAAAGAAGUAAUGGUUGGAAGCUUGGAAGAAACAUUGAAGACAUGAAUUUGUAGUAUUAUAAGGUCUUUACUACAUAUUGUUUGAUGUUGUAAAUCAAUUCUACAAUUUGUUAUCUGAUUAUUUUAAAAUGAUUGAUUGGUAUGUGAAAUUAUUAGUAAACCAUCCACGUAAAGUAAUAACAAUUGUGGUGUUAUUAUGCAGUAGUACUAUUCUUAUACCCUAUUUUAUUGGACGCUUACCAGAGUUUUCACACCCAGAACUUGGUUUUGAGACACGUGGUACUGAUAUUGGUAAUCGGCAAGUUACUUGGGACAAUUUGAUGAAGGCAUUAGAAAAAGGCACAGAGUUGAUAGAUGAUAUUACAAGAAUACCAACUCAUGUAUUACCACAACAUUAUAAAGAUAUAGACUUCAGAAAAAAUGAUGUUUUAGUUAAUUUUAAGAAUUUGAAUUCUGAUGCGGAUUCUAAAAGUACUGAUAUAAAAAAAUUCCUACCUCAAACGUCACCAUUAGAUGAUGAAAUAUUUGAAGAAACUGAAAUUAUGACUCAACGGAAUGAUAAGAAAAGACGAAAGAAUAGAUUAGAUUUUUUUUGUUCCAGACCAACGUAUGAUCAUGCUAGAGUGGUGUUUACAUCAAGUGAUGGUGGACAUCUUUUUACAUACCAAGCAAUCAAGGAUAUGUGUCUUAUACAGGAGCGUUUAGAAAACUUGGUAGCAUAUAAAGAUGUUUGUGAUGUACAAGACCAUGGGUGCUGCCCACCGUGGUCUUUGGUUAACUAUAUUACAUUGUUAAGAAAACAUAAGUCUUGUUCAGAAAUUAUACCAAAAGAUAUUAAUGCAACAAUGACAUUACUUGAAGCUUGUACUCACUUUUAUCAUGACAAUAAGUUAUUUGAAUGGCAAACAGAUCAUUCUACAAUACCACGUCAAUGCGUUCAAUUUAGUGGUGUUUAUAAUUUAAUGCAUUAUCACUUAGAUGUCAAUUUUAUGCCACCACAUGCUCCAACUAAUGUUUUGACAAGUUCAAUGAUGUUUUUACCGUUCGGAAAAGGAUCAAUUGUUCAUGUUUAUGAAGCAAUGAAAGAUGCUAAUUUAUCAACACCAUUAGUUAGCAUUUCAGCAAUUGAUUUUGGUAUUAAAGAAAAGUUAUUUGACCUUGAGCUUGUCAGUGAUAUAUAUCUAAUUUUCCUGAGUACCUUUUUUAUUAUGUUAUGUGUAUUAUUUUAUACUUGGUCAAUAAUAAUUACAGUUGUGACCUUAUUGAAUAUACUAUUUUCCUUAUCCGUUUCCUAUUUUAUUUAUACAUUUGUAUUUCAAAUACAUUUUUUUCCAUUCAUGAAUGUCCUUGCCAUAAUUGUGCUAAUUGGAGUCAGUGCAGAUUCAUCGUUCAUUAUGUGUGAUGUGUGGAAAGUUAUCAAGAUUAAUGACCAGGCUGGUUCUUUGGUUGAUGUAAUUUCUAAGACACUAAAACAUUCAUUACUUUCUAUAUCAUUAUCCACAACCACAACAUUUUGUGCUUUUGCAUCAUCAUUUGUCAGUGCUAUUAAUGGAAUUAGUUGUUUUAGUAUUUUUUCAGCUAUGGCAGUUUUUGUCAAUUUAUUGAUAACUGUAAGUUUAUUACCAUCCUGUAUUGUACUUUUAAGCUCAAAGCACAGGCAUAAUAUUGUAUUAUUUGAAGUCGCACCAGUUAAUAAAUUAUUAGCAAUGGAGCAAAUGUUACGUGGAAUUCAAACUUCUUUUAAUGCAUGGUUAUUAAAAAUUGUGUUCCGCUUUCGAUGGGUGUGGAUAACAUUUUUUUUUAUUCUGGGUAUUUUGAGUAUAACUGUAAUAUGGAUAUGGCCAGGUAUGAAACUACCAGAAUCUGUGGAAUUUCAGUUGUUUCGGGAGUCUCAUCCAUUCGAACAAUAUGAUUUGGUUUAUAAAAAUCAAUUCUGGUUUGAAAGAAUUUUAAGGAUUGAUAAUAAUCCAGAAAAUCGAGUUCCUCUACGGUUUGUCUGGGGUUUGUUUCCUAAUGAUACGGGUAGUCAUUUGGAUCCAGAAGAUCACGGAAAUUUAGUGUAUGAUCCAAACUUUGAUAUAGCGCAUCCAAAGUCACAAAGUUGGCUAUUGCAGUUUUGUGCAAAUUUACGCUUGCAGCCCUUCUAUCGAGCUCUUGGUGGACCACAAAUGACAAAUUGUUUUAUGGAAACGUUUGUUAAGUGGAUGGGCCAUGCUUGUGUAGAUAACCUUGAAAAAGAUCGAUGGCCAUGUUGUAAUUCUUUUGAGUUUCCAUUUCCGAGAAAUAUAUUUCAUUUCUGUAUUAUGAAAGCUAUGUACAUUGUAUAUAAUACACCAGUUUCCAUAUUUGUUCCUUCUGUAGCUGGACCUAAGUUUUCAAAUCCAUUAUUUCAUUCAGAAAACCAAACACUCUUGCCAAUCAUAAAAGCUGUUGUUGUAGAGUUUGAAAGUAAUUUUGUUUUUACUACAUCUUAUACAGACAUGGAACUAUUUUAUAAACAAGUUGAGUCAUGGUCAUCUAAAAUGAUGGAAACUGCUCCGCCUGGCCUCAGAAAUGGUUGGUUUUACAGUCAUCUUGGUUUCUAUGAUCUUCAAAAAACAUUAAUUGAAGACACUAUAAUGUCAGCUUUUAUUGCACUGUUUCUUGCUUUUACCAUAAUGUUCUUUGUAACUACAAGUAUUUCAUUAACUGUAAUUACAGUGCUUUCUAUAUUUUUCAUCAUCUGCACUACAAUUGCCGUGUUGGUUUUGAUGGGUUGGCAUCUUAAUGUUUUGGAAUCAAUUGCUACUUCUGUAGCUAUUGGUUUAUCUGUAGAUUUUAGUCUGCAUUAUACUAUUGAGUAUCAGUUGGCUUGUGAAGAUUCACCUAGAGCGACAGCCAUUUCAAAAGCAUUGUCCUUAAUGGCCUGUCCAUCAUUGAUGGGUGCAAUCACAACUGGUGCUAGUGGAGCAUUUAUGUUGCCUUCGGAUGUUUUACCGUAUGCUCAACUUGGCAUAUUUUUGAUCAUCAUAAUGUUUAUUAGUUGGUUCUACUCAACUUUUUUUUUAGUAUCACUUUUAUCAGUAUUUGGUUCAGAUUAUGAUCAUGGUCCAUAUCCAUAUCGUUGUUGUAAGAAAUUACGAAAUAUCAAUGUGAACGAAAGACAUAAAAACCGUGUAAGACACGCUUCUCCAUUUUCUAAUGUUGCAUCAGAAUCAACUGUAUCAUGUAUAAGCACUGCUAUUGUUAAUCAACCUACAGCUCAAGAGUUAGAAAAUUUAACUGUUCUUCCAGUUAAAUUUCAACCUUCUAAUACAAGAUCUGUUACUUCUAGUUUAUAUUGGGAUGAUGAUAAUGAUGUGGUAAAAAAAAAUGAAACCAAUGCCAUACACAUUUAACUUAUUAUUCUCCUUUAGUUAAGUAUUUUUGUUUGAACAUGGAAAAUAUCUACUGAUUUGUAUUAUUUAUUGAAUAUUUAACAUUAAUACACUUUUAUGAUUUUAUCAUGACCAUGGUUAAAUAAAUACUUACUGUAGUGUGUUCCUAUCAGAGCGGGCAGGCGCAGGGAUUGACUAUUCGCCAUACUUAAAUUGCCAAGGUUCCAUCCAUUAGAUGAAUACUUAUUUCCUCGAAAUUGUAGAUCUUUUAUUGUGAUUUAUAUCCAGCCACACGGGCAUGAAGGCCACUACAGGUCCUAAGUUUAGUGAUCAGAAGCAGUAGUCGCUAGGAACUAUUAUUGUAAUACUUCCUUAAAUUUUAUACUUUAAUAGCAAUUCGAGGGAUAGGUGUGUUUGUACUCACUAGCACAUAUAAUGCCUGCUGCACAUAAUAUUAAAAUAUGGUUUUUUUGUGAAGUUUGAUAAAAUGCCUAUUGUUUUAAAUGAAAAACAAAUUGAUAAUUAUGACUAGUACAUAGUUGUAAUUAUUAAAACUGCUUGUGCUCAAUCAUAAUAAUAUUAUGUUCAUUAAUUAAUAUUAAAUAGGUAUAAACUUUAUUUGUGUGAGUAGAUAAUUAAAAUGACAUUAUUAUAAAAUAUUCACUUUGUUAGUAUUAUUUUUGAAUUUUGAUCUCUUUUGUUUAUAUAAUUAUUGUGUUUUUAUUAUUUUAUGAAUUUUUUGAGUUUAAUAUUUGAUGUAUUUAAUAAAAUGCUAUUGUUUAUAAUAUUAUAGUUAAAUAGUAAUGUAAUAAUUGCUAUAUAUUUAAAUACAAGUUACAUGUGUAUUAAAUAUUAUAUUUAACCAUAACAAUAGUAUAGGUACCGAGAUAUACAGUUAUAUGUUUUUUAGUUUAUUAUAUAUAUAUAAAAAAGAUAUUUUAAAAUAUAUUAUUGUAAUUGUAAACAAGUGCAUUUGACUGAAAAGAAAAGAGGGGAAUUAAUUGUAUUAGUUCAAAAAUAUUUUGUGGCUUCUAAAAAUAUAAAUUAAUUUUUAGUCUUAAGGCUUAGUUAUCUUUGCAAUUUUUUUAAACUAUAUAAACAAAAUUUAAAUCGAAUUAAGAAGUAAUUUAUAAGUGAGAUUCAGAAAUUUAACAAAAAUAUAUGAUAUAAUUAUUGAUUUUUUUUUAAUGGAUAUAAUUGAUCUAAUCAUUAUGAAGUAGAAUGUCAGCGCGUUAUAUGUAUUUUUUCCCUCUGACCAACCCAUGCAUAAAAACAGUAAAUUUGCAUUCAUUCCUUCUUCAAAACCAAUCUUAUUUUGUUAGAUUUCGUGUUAGAAUAAAGAAUAAACCUAUCGUGAAAUUUAAAGUUUCUUAGUAUUAUUAUUUAUUAACUUGUGAAUUACUUACCUAUCUCAAUCAUAUAUUUACUUUUGUGUUGUUUUUUUUAUGAAUUUAUAUGUAAAAUGUCACAAUUUAAAAAUGCUCAUACCUUCUUUUAAAAUUAAAUAUUGUGAAAUUUUAAUGUAAAAAGACUUCAUGUUUUUAACUUUAAGUUUGAUUAUAAGUCAAUUCACUCUAUAUUACUAAAGCUAACGCAAAUUUUCGAUGUUGCGCAUGGGUCGAAGAGAAAAAACAAAUACUACGCUGACAUCCUUUUAAUUAAAAUGAGAUUUACAGUAUUGUGGUGGUGUGAAAUAUUUUUCACAGUAACGCACAAAAAACAUUUAAUUAAUGAGUCUUUACCAUCCAUAAUUUUUGCAUAUUCUAUGGCCUACGCGACCACGCUAUGAUUAUAGUGAUGGUGUUCGGUGCCUCAUUUUAAGCACUCGCAAGCACAACAAUUAGUUUUACAGUAUUUACCAGCCACACCAGCACUUUUACAAUAUAAUAUAUAUUGCUCAUUAGCAUUAUGGUUAUGCAAAAUAAAUUGUAACUGUAUAUUUAUGAAUGUUGAUUGUUUUACUUUAUUGUCUAAAGUACCUAACAUGAUGUUUAAUAUUAUAUUAUUACGUUAAUUAAUUAUAUUACUUAUAUAUGUACUUACCUUUAUUGAUUAUUCGUGAAAUUGAUUUGUAUUAAAUACUCUGUUGUUGUGAUGGAAUAUUGUUUGGAAUUUAGUACAAAAUAAAAUUAAUACUAAUAAGAGAGUAAA